UUAAACCACGGCCGAGAGAGGAGGAGAGGAGAGAGGCGAGGCGAAAGACACAGAGAGGAGGAGAGAUAGGCUCCGCGGACAACUGCAACGUUCAGGAUGAAGACUUAAAUCGCGGUGAUUUGUGUCUCAAUCCAGCGUCAGCAUUCUGUGAGGAAAGGUAAAGGUGCGUCCGGCGCGCCUCGGUGUCACCUGCGCGGAGAAAUCCUGGAUGAGCCCAAAGUAUCAGCUUCAGCACUUGAGGAGAAGGACAGCUCCACUCUGUGCGCUCCUCCGGACCUCUUGUCCAAAAACUCUGCCUCAGCUUUUAAUGUCAAUACUUCCAGUCUGACUCUCUGCUUCACAAGUCUGGAAGAAGUCUAAAGAGCCGGUGACGGAGAGAUCCGCGACUGACUGUGUGCUCAAUAUGUACCAGGGGCAUUUACAGGGGAAAGACUCUAGGGCUGCAGAUAAGACUGUUGCCAUGGUCCUGAAGGAGAUACCAAGUAAGGCGUCAUCAGAAGGGAAGCCCCUCCUCACAGUGACUACCAAGCUGGUGAGUGAGCAACAAGAGAGCCGUCCGCUUCUAAGCCCUUCCAUUGACGAUUUCCUCUGCGAGACCAAGUGUGAUGGGGUUUCACGCCCAGUGACCUCCAACACAGCUGUUCUGUCUUCGACACUGGACCUGCUGGAUCUCAGUGAACCUGGCGACAGGAGGAACAGCAAGGACAGGAAGAGUCCCCUGCUGUCCCGGGGCAACGUCCAGAAGAACAACCCACACAGGAAGAAGACGGAUGAGACGGAGUUGAUCCAGGUGGAAGUAGAACAGACAACACCGAGCAUGAGAAGCCCAGAGAGAGCAUCACUGGACUCAGUUAACAUUGGUUCACCAUUGGAUAAAUGGGAAGAGCUGAACCCCAACUCUGAGAGGAAUGGCAACAGAAAAUGGAAAAUGGAGAGACGGCGAUCUUCUAAAAAUUCAUCCAAUGAGUUUCUGUGGUCCAUAGACUGUAAAACCCAAUUGGAGUCAUCAAAUAAGAACUCCUUGGAAGCAAAUACCAAAGUCGAGCCAGAGUCGGCCCUGGCAUCUCAACUCAACAGGCAGUAUAUUAGUGGAAGACAUGCUCGCCUAAACAAGGAGCAGCGGUGGGGCAGCGCCCUCCUGUCCAGACAUCAGUCCCUGGAGGAGGAGUUUGAGCGGGCCAAGGCUGCUGUUGAGUCAGAUACCGAGUUCUGGGAUAAGAUGCAGGCAGAGUGGGAAGAACUCGCUCGGCGGAACUGGCUGACGGAAAACGAGCAGGCGCAGAUUCCCUCCAGUGUCUCUCCACAUGAGAAGGGUUACUACUUCCACACAGAUAAUCCUUAUAAGGACUUUCCUAACGCAUUUGAAGAAGGACUAAAGAAGUCUCGAGAGGGAGACUUGCAAAACGCUGUGCUUUUGCUGGAAGCAGCUGUCUUGCAGGACCCUAAUGAUUCAGAGGCUUGGCAAGUGCUGGGGACCACCCAGGCUGAAAAUGAGAAUGAGCAGUCCGCGAUCGUCUCCCUCCAGAGGUGUUUGGAGCUCCACCCAAACAACCUCCCAGCCCUCAUGGCUCUGGCAGUGAGCCUGACCAACACUGGUAUGCGCCAUGAUGCCUGCGAGGCCCUGCUCCGCUGGCUGCGGCACAAUCCAAAGUACAAGCACCUGCUGAAAGGCAAGACCCACCUGAUGGGAUCCCCAAACUCCCAGCGCAGGAUGUCUCAUGCUCUCAACAUGGGCAGACACGAAAGCUCCCUGCAACCCGAGGUAAAGGAGCUCUUCCUGGAAGCAGUUCAGCAUAACACUGACGGCAUCGACCCAGAUUUGCAGACGGGCCUCGGGGUGCUCUACAACAUCAGCGGAGAGUUCAACAAAGCAGUGGAGGCCUUCAAUACGGCCCUGUCAGUGCGGCCCGAAGACUACUUGUUGUGGAACCGCCUGGGGGCCACGCUAGCGAACGGGGACCGAAGUGAGGAGGCAGUGGAGGCUUACACACGAGCACUAGAGCUGCAGCCAGGGUUUAUCAGAUCCCGCUACAACCUAGGCAUCAGCUGUAUUAACCUAGGUUCACACAGAGAGGCGGCCAGGAACUUCCUGACUGCAUUAAGCCUUCAGAGGAAAAGCCGGAGUCGCCAGCAGUCCCACCAGGUGAUGUCUGGAAACAUCUGGGCUGCUCUGAGGAUAGCUUUAUCUAUGAUGGACCAGCCCGAACUCUUCCAGGCUGCAAAUAUUGGUGACCUGGAUCUUCUCAUGCGGGCCUUCAACCUAGACAUUUGAGGAAUGGAAGGUAGUGACAAUAGCGUCUCCCCUUUCACUUACUCUUACUCGAUUUCUACCCAACAGCCAAAAGCCCAAAGUGCACACAUCAGAAUGGAUUGGAUCUGAUGUUAGAGACAAUAGUGUAGUUUUUAUGCACGUCAAAAUGAACUACAGUUGCCAGAGUUGUUAUAUUUUUCGCCCAAGUACGUUGGAGUGAGGACAGGUUCUUCCAAGUGCUUGAAGUGACUGCUUUGUGAUGGAUUUGCACUGCAAUUUGUGAUUUCCCUGAAGAGCACAAGGACGGGCAAAGAUUGUAUGAACAAUGCCUUAGAGAACACAUCAAUUAAAAACUGACUCAUCCAGUGGAACAGAGCUGAGCCAGGACAGAGAGACGGGCAGACAGACAGUUUGAGAUUCUCACAGAGGAACCCUCACAUGCUGUUUGCAGAGAAAAGAUGAGGUCUUGAGGAAAAAAAAAGGUUUCAUUAUCCAAUUACUUUCAAAGACACAAACUCGUCUCACACUCCUGAAGGAUGGAUUUAGCGAGCAAAUCAUAAAGACUGCACCAUAUGACCUGGAACUACAAAUUCUGUUCCUGGCUUGUUUUCAUCAUCUUUCACUGGAGAAUGAUACUGCAUGCAUAAGCAUUUUCAUAAAUGGAUUCUUGUUUAAAAUUAACAUACUUUUAAAAGUUUUCCCUUUGCACUUCAGACAAACAGAUAACUUCCUCAACCCAAGUGGAAUGCGCAAGCCAAGUUGUAAAGCCUUACUCAAAUGCAUGCGAACAAAAACAUUUAUUUAUACUAUUUUUAUGGCAACUCAACAACACUAAGCCAUUUCCAGACUGGUUUUGAUUCCUUUAAAUAACUGCUGUCUUCUGAACUUGAAAGCUUUCUGAGCCGUUUUGUUGGGUUUAUUUUUUUUUUGGUAUUGGCUCCUAGCUUCUCUUUGUUCCCUUUAUGCUGACUAGCUGGAGAAAUACACAGAAAAGCUGGGCAACGCGGAUCUGUAAAACUUUCAUUAGUGUAGAAACUUCAAGUUUCUCAUGUGAAAAAAGCUUUUACAGGUCUAAAAAUAUCUCUUUAAUCUUUACCUUGUGGGCUGGCUUUAGUAACGUGUUCCUGACUGUAUAAAUUUCAGUACAGUAUAAUAUUACAGGUAAAAGAUGUGUAGCUGCAAGCCAAGACCUAAGAGAGCUUGGGGUAUUUCCAAACGCAGCCAUUUGUGUCUUUGCUGCGACUCCACAGUCAGCGAAGCUCAUACAUUUAAUUAGUUCAGUUUGCCUCACCCAAUCAUGCAUGAUUUAUAUAUUUAUGUAAGCUUAGGCAGAACGCCGCACAUAUUUGAGAAGCUAUUUGCUUUACCACCUGCACACUCAUAUCAACAUUUAAUUAUUGUGCAUCCACAAAACACAUGAUUGUAAGGGGCCAGAUAUUCCACAUAAUUAUUCUGCACCCGUCAGAAGCCAAGCUUUUUCUUAAAACAGCUUCACUUGCAUCACUGUUGCUAGUUUGAAAGUCACUCUGUGAAGUGAACAUCACGUUCCUCAUCGUGCAACAGAGUAAAUGAUAGAUAAUCUGCUGUACUGUAUCACUCAGCACCUUGAUGUUUAGCAGGUGUGUCCACAUUCUGGGUGUGCUGUCGAAAGUACACUUUUUAUUCUUAGAUCCUAUGCAAAAGGUCAUGUUUUAUGUUGCCAAUCAGUUUGUCCCUGUCUGCCUCAAUGGACGAAAAAAGGAAGUGGUGAUUCUGUACUUUGAAAGAAUGCUAUCAGGGGAACGCAGAGACUAGUACGAGAGCCAUUCAUCUUCCCAACUGCACAGCUUUGACAUCAUGGUAUGUAUAAGAAGUGCUUCUUUAGGAAACUGGGGGAAAACAAAAACAAGUGUUCCUGUUCAAGAGAGAAACAUGACAUGUCAAUGAUUCUGAAAAAUACAGACACCAUCCACCUAAAAUGUAGCCUUCAAUGUUUUAUAACCCUGUUGUAUAGUGAUGUGUCUUUGACCUCAGUUGCACCCCCCAAAUUCACUGUCAGCUUUGCUAUCAGAACUCUCAUUUUUAAGCACAUAACUAGUUAAACUGUUGUCGAAGCAAAGACAUUAAUAUGUUAACCAUUCGUGGUACUUUCAAUAUAUUGAGUAAGAUGAUACUUCAGGCUGAAACAGAUGAGUAGCUACUGCAGUCAGAUACAUUAAAAAAAUGUUGGCAGAGAGUCUCUGUGGCCAACCAUGAUGUAUAAUAGAUCAAGGAGGCAGAGGAACCCAGUGAGACAGAGCACAUAUGUGCCUGCUACUAACAAUCUGCAUCGGAGGGGUGCUGACAGUGGACUCCAUAAUGGCAAAGGCAAUGAGGCCAAAGCAGAGGUGGAUGUGAAAAUGUAUUCACUAUGAGAGACUUUGUUACGAUAAAAACAAAAAAAUUCUAAUCAUUAAAUUAGUAAAUAAAUUAUUUUCAGCUCUGCUGGUAGCAUGGCUUUGUAGAUCAAAAUGUUGGUCUGUCAGUCCACCAUUUUGGUUCAGACCUUCAGACUGGAAUAUCUCAGCAAAUGUUGGAUGAAUUGCUAUCAAAUUUGGUACAGAUGUUCGUAUUCCCCAGAAUGAACCCUACUUACUUUGGUGAUCUUAAGACUUUUGCUCUAGCGCCACCAUGAUGUUGACCUUGUCUCUUUUUUAGUAAAACUGCAAUUAAAUGUGGUAGAGACAUUCUUGCCCCACUCAGGAUGAAUUGUAAUAACUUUGGUGAUCCCCUGACUUUUUAUCUUGUGCCGCAAUCAGGUCUUUUAAAUCAAAAUGUGUCCAAUACUUGGGUUUCUAACUGAAUACAUUUCUAAUUAAUUACUUUGUCAUCAGCCUCAGCUAGACUGCUUUGUGUUGAUUAGCAAAUGUUAGCAUGCUAGCAUUCCCAAAAGUAAGAUGGUGACAAUGACAUACUGUACAUUAUACCUGCUAAACAUCAGCAUGUUAGCAUUGUCGUUGUGAGCAUCACUAAGCUUAACCUCACAUAGCUGCAGACUCUUAGUCGCGAUUGCAUCUAUGUUACAACUGCACAGCUGUAUCAGCCAAGUGUUUGUUUCUGUUAACAUCCACCUCAGUCACUUACAGUGUAUGUGCUAACGCUGCCAGCUAGCACACUUGGCCAGCAUGUUGAGCACUGUCUCCCAUGGAUAUUUUAUUUGUAUCAGAUCAGUCUCAGCAUGUCCAAGAUAAGCUUUCAUCCACUUUUUUUUCCAAAACCCAUAAACCCACCUAUUAGUCAAAGUUCCCUGAGAGAUUAUUGAAAGACAUUAUUCUUCAGGCCAGUAUCCCUCCAUUUUAAAAUAUGAACACAUAAUCCGUCCAUGUCCUCCCACCUGUCUUUUCUGAACUGUAGAAACUCAAAUCAUGUCUGUGAAAUUGUGAUUUCCAAAUCAACACUAGCUUUCUCAUGAUGUUCUAGGCCUUUGCUUUUUGCAUUUCAAGAUACUGUAGUAAUAAAAAAACAUAUUUUUUUAAAGAGACAUUAAAUCUAAACUACUGCGUACAUCGUACUGCAGUACACUGAGAUAGGAUGCCUGGUGACAGUUUUCUUUGUGUAGAACCUACCUACUACUGUACCUUCUCAGGUGAACUGAACUAGCUUAACGCAUGCUCCUGAGGAACAGAUCGAGGUUGAUCGCAUGCUAGAUCCUCUACAUUUUAUUUUUUUGAAUGCUAUUUUUAUUUGUAUGCAUGAAAUACAAGGAAGCUCUCUUUCUCUCCCACUAACUUAUAAAAAUGAAAUAUAUCAUGAAGUUUACUUGCAAUAUUUCUACAAUGCACUUUUAAAAGCUGUAACCUUGACAAAAAGUGAUGUAUAUAUUCAGUAUAUUCUACACAAGAUGCUUUUUCUUUUCAUAGAACUAGCGAGUGUGCAAGGCUCAAGCAGAGAAAUGAGACCCUUGAGCUUGAAUACUGGCCCAUUGCUACAACUGGCUAAUAGGUUAUAUUCUGUAGAAAUGUUGUAAUUAUGACUUCUGCAAAUGAUAAAUGUACUGUUAACACUUUCAAUAACCCCAGCCUGUAAAGUUAUGUGUUGUUACCAAAAGCUUUUUAGUGUUGAAACUUGAUCAUGCUUAAAUUGUUAUGCACACAUUCAUAAAUAUACUGUGAACUAUUAAUAGUUAUUUAAUGUUAUAAUGUUAUAUACUGUAAAGCAUCAUAGCUUCAUUAGUUCUGGUUACAUAUGUAAUGAGAAAAAUCAAGAUCAGGUAAAAAACAUUUAAAUCAAUGAUAAUACAUUCAUUACCAAUUUUACACAGCUUUAAUCAAAAUGAUUUAUAUAUGGAGACCCAAGGUGUAAAGACUCAUCUUAAUAUUAUGGGUAACAGAGUGUAUUGCAGGUCAUUUUAGCCAGUUAUGUGAUUGGCUGUCUGACCAAAGCUUCAGCCAAUUACAUUAACUGUCUCUGACCUGUUUGCCUGGAUUGAUAAAGCCUUUAUGGUGAAAUGUUAUGAAAAACAUAUUAGUGAAAGUGCAAUAAACUAAAGAUUGCAGAAAGUUGCAAAAAAGAAACAAUGAAAUAAAAUUUGAAUGAAAUGAACACAGAAUGAAAUUUCAGUCGUUCAUGGUUAUGUUAAUGUAUUUGGUUUGUAUUUAUUCAUAGUAUGAUUUACUUCAUAUUAUCAUAUUUCAAAGUUUCAGCAGGGUUCAGCUAGUUAAAUUAAACAUUACAUAUGUAACAAAUGUAAUUUAAUACCUGUUUCAUGAUCAUUUCAAGUACGGAAGUAUGAUGGAAAACCAAUAUGGCCUAGAAUAAUUAUAUCACAUUUUUGCAGUACUUCACUGCAGUAUAUAACAAUAAUUUUGAAAAACUAUUAAUUUAUUUACAUUAAUUACUUUGUUUUUGUUAAAAAUGACACUUGCCCAUUCUGAGACAAUGAGCUUCCCUGUUACAGUAGCUAGCAGUAAUCAGUGUCUACAGGUGUUAUCACACCUCUUCUUCAUCUGUCGCAACAAUCCCACUUAGUUUAUAGGUAUUAUAGCUACAGUAGGCAAGAUGAAACAUUCAAGACCUUUAAAUACCGUCUAAGGCCUUUUCUUUCCUGAGGAAACCAAGUUAAUUUUCUUUUUUAAGAAUUUUCCAGACGUACAGAUACCCUGUAUUUAUGCCUUAAAUUUUGAACACACAUAUAAAUAUAAAGCAUUUAUUACUUUGUGAACGUGGUAAUAAUUCUUCUGGCAUUAAAAAUCAAGUUCUCACAUACUACAAAAGCAUUUAAAAAAUGUUAUUUACAGCAUCAUUGGUUGGGGUUCAAAAAGGUUAUCAGUACAUCUAUGCAUUGUCUUCACUCCUUGAAUUCCACAUGUGUACAAAGUUUGUUCUGGUUUAUUUAUUGAUGCAUCAGACAUGUAUGAAUAAAAUGAUAUUUUGAUGAAUGAACUUAGAAGUUAUAUACUUUAUAUACAUUAAUUCAUUUAUUGAAACUCCUACUAUAAUGCAUAUUACUCUCCCUGUAUAAUCACAAGGAAAGCAUUAGCACCUUUGAAACGUACAAUAUCAAAGUAAUCUUUUAAAAUAAAUGGUUGCUAUAUA